AGAUCCCGAGGGUUUAUAGCGGCCGGUAGCAUCACGGAGCCGGCUCCCCCUUUUCCAGCCUUCCUCCCCAUCUCCCAUUCCCUGUCCUCCGCGACCUAUACCAGAGGUCCUUAGGCCUCCCCGAAUCUCCUUCUGCCGAGUAGCCCAAGGUUGCCACCCAUCUGCCAGGGGGAUGGCGUCCACUCCGAUGGGGAAUGAGGGGGAGAAGAAGGACAGCUGGCCGUCUCAAGCUGCACCCUCCUCGAGAGGAGGUUCGGCUUCGUUAUCAAGUUCUGAGGAAUACCUGUCCCGGAUCAGUGCAGAACUCACGGAGGAGGCUUUAUUUAUGGCUUGCUGCCAUUUGAACCCUGUGUCCAUCAAAAAAAAGCAGACACAAGACCAAGCGACUCAGAUAUCCACACAGGCAUUCUUCACCAAGACCCGAGGCACAGACACCCGGUGAGUGAGGCUUCAAGGGAGAUGCUCUUUAUCCAGGGAGAGA